UUACGACAAGCCGUAAACUGAUGCGUAAAAGAUGGCGACCCGGUGCAGCUGUCAAAACGUGAUAGUUUAAUGUUGUACAACUGGACACCCAGAAAUCUACACGGACUAUCGGUUUGGACUAAUACACUUGCAUUAACUUAAGACCAUCGCUCGAUCAGUGGAGGCGACUUCUGUGUAAAAGAAGACGAUGUUUGCUUCCCUAAGGAGGUGACAUUGGGAGGACAGAGGCUGCUGGAUGUGACACUAAAUAAGUAAAAGAGCGUGUCAGAUCUCUGAUGUGAACUUCAAUCUGAAAGUACCGAUGAACAUUCAUACGAUUAAAUAACUGGUCUAUUAUAUUUUGGGUUUUGUUUUUAAAAUGGCUUGGAGGUCACGGCUCUCUUACAUUGGAUGGAGGCAUCUAAGUAUUUUUUCCAACCCAUCUCCGUCUAACUGGACUAAAGUAGUGUCUGAUGCUGAGAAGAUCGUAGGAUAUCCAACUUCAUUCAUGAGUUUGCGCUGUUUACUCAGUGACGAGCUCAGCAAUGUGGCCAUGCAUGUCAGGAAGCUGGUGGGAACAAAACACCCUCUGCUCAACACUGCCAGAGGAUUUGUGUACGAUAGCCGGAAUAAUCUACAGAUGCGAGGUCUCAUUGUGUUGCUGAUGUCAAAAGCAGCCGGUCCAUGUCCCAGUACCAGUGACCCGAUUCAUGACAGUAUGGUCAGCGGCAUCUACCCAAGUCAGAGGAACUUGGCUGAGAUCACAGAGCUGAUUCACACGGCCUUCCUGGUGCAUCGUGGGAUUGUGAAUCUGAAGGAGUGGACAAACUCAGAUGGCCCCCUCAAAGACAUGCAGUUUGGGAACAAGAUGGCUGUUCUGAGUGGCGAUUUCCUGUUGGCGAAUGCCUGCACGGGAUUGGCCCAGCUCAAUGACACCAAGGUGGUGGAGCUGAUCUCCAGUGCAAUCGGAGAUGUGGUGCAAGGAAUCUAUCACGAGAGCUCCACUUCUGCCGAGGAGGGGAGUCUAACAGUUGCAUCCUGGGAAGACCAGACAUUCCUGUCCCAUGGUGCUUUGCUUGCCAAGAGUUGUCAGGCAGCGAUGAAGCUGGCCAGACAUGGUAACGAGGCUCAGAAUUUGGCUUUUCUGUACGGAAAACACCUCGCUCUGGGACACAAGCUGAACUCGGAUCUACAGCCGUUCGUGAAGAGCGGGUCAGAACCGGCGGUGUUUAGUUUGGACUCGGCUCCUGUAGUCUUCCACAGACAGAUCGUUGGACCAGAGAGAUGGCGGCACCAGCUAAAACAGGUUCAAAAUAUGGCUAGACAGAUUGAUUACACAAAGCUCCGGGGCCUGAUAAAGACGGAAAGAGGCGUGAGCCAGGCACUUGACCUGUGCAGUUACCACGGCAACAAGGCCUUAGAGGCCAUAAAGUGCUUCCCAUCCUCAGAAGCUCGGUCAGCACUGGAAAACAUGGCAUGCACGGUCACCAAGUUCUGAAGAUGGUUUCAAUCUGGAUAUGACUUGCGUUGGAGUGUUUGCGGCUCCCACCUGCUCUACAGAUGAUGAUUUUUAUGUGGAACUGAUGAGUGUCGCACACAUUCAAGUUUACUGGACUCCAACAAAUCAACUUUAUCUUUUAAAAUAAAAUGAGUUGUCUUUU